AUGCAGUCUCUCAACACUGCGGGCAAUCUUGCGGAGCCCGUCUGGUGGACUCCAGCCAUCAAUUUCGUCGAGACCAGUCUUGGUCCUGAUGGAGAUCCUAUGGAGAAGCGUGUCACUGUUCAUAGAAUCCACUUCUCAAAACAACCUGGUCUUCGACACCUGGGCAUGUGGGAUGGUGCCAAGGCGUACCGCGCUGUUGCCACCUGGAUGCUGACAGUGGGAUCUGAUCGCUAUAUUCAGUAUACCAGGAAUGUUAACAGCCCAAUCAACCAGCCGGUUCAUCAGCUUAAAUACAGCGGGGCACCUGCAGUUCAGCAUCAUACUGCGUCGAUCUCCCACUCAGUACCUCAACAGGCUGGGCUUGUCAACUACGAUGCCGAAGUCACACAGAUCAUGACGCUGAAGGGACAACACUGGCGUGGGUUUAUUACCACCUAUAACCAGUAUCAAAAUUACAAGACAGCCUACUACCGCCAGAACAACGACGAACGGGCAGUCGAACAGAUACCAAACGACAACCCGCGCAUUCUAAAUGCGGUCCGAACCUUGUACGCAGCUAUCUUGGAUGUUAAUGAUCUGAUCGAGAACCCUCGCCUCAAGAUACAGUGCAAGAGCUUAAAGCGGACGAUCACGGAUAGAGAGACCGAGGCUCAGCAAGACAAGUUCACAGAUUGCGUUGCAGUUGCUCGCACGAAGCAGUUGAACUCGUUGGAGGUUGAACUGCUGUGCUGGGAGAUCGUGGAGGAGGCAUGGUAUGGACAGCAAGGUCAAUUCUGCAUACCGCCAUGGUACGACAACCCCAAGCCCGGCAAGUCGAAGAAACCUGCCAGAUUUCACUCGUUCGAGCACAGGAUUCAGAAGUGUGAGGAGGCGCUCAGGUCGUCCAAAAACAUUGUCAAGAUGAUGUUGGGCAUCAGUUUUACCAAGCGCCUGGCUUACAACCCCAGCGCUGAAAGGAAGAUUGAUAACAAGAAAGUGAACUCGAGGCGGGAUGAGGAGAAUAAGGCUGGACGGGAGAGCAGCAACUGGGAUUCUCAGGAAUCGAUCUGA